AUGGCGACGUGCGCAUCAUCAGCGACGUCGAUGCCGCGGGUGGCUACCCGGGUUCGUGCGCGCAUCGGUGGCGGCGGCGCGACCGGGCGCGUCGCGCUCCGCCCCCGUGCACGCGCCGUCCCCCGCGCGGCUCCCGUCACGACGACCACGACUCCCCAUCCCUUCGUGGACUUCGACACGACCGGCUGCGGACCGUUCCCGCUGCUGGACCCGACGCGGGGGUACACGCACGUCUCCCCGGGGGUGUGUGACACGUGCGCGGACUCCGCGGAGGCGCGACGCGCGUGGGUCGAGCUGCUGUUGGGCCAGCUCCCGUCCCAUCGCGCCAACGCCGAGCGCACCGCCAAAUUCCUCGGCGACGAAUGCCCACCGGACUACACCGAGAGGUACCGAGCGUGGGAGGGCGACUACGAGGCCUACCUCGAGGAGGUUUCCAAAGACGGCGUGCCCAAAGGCCAAGGCGCCACCCUGCUGGACAUGGUGGACGAGAAGGAGCGGCUCUUACGCAGGAGAGGCCUGGACGACAUGUUCGCGGGCCUCAAGGCUGGCGAAGACGCAAUCGCGUCGGUCCUCUUCCACUCCAUCGCGUCCGAGAUUGACAACAUCUGGUCCCCGGAUGAGCGCGACACACGCGACGACGACGAUGCGAUGGCAAAGGCGGCGAUGAUCCGCGCCGUGAUCGAGUGCUGCCUGGCCGGUAACCUCUUCGACGCGGGAGCCGCCGCGGCGGUGCAGGGGGUGCAGGUUGGCGAUUUCUGCGAGCCCUGCGUGGUGGAACCGGAUUCGCGAGAGAUGAGCGAGGAGGAGGCGGGACGGUACAGGCUGGACGCGGACCAGCUCGCGGAGGUUUUCGCGCGCGCGAGGGCGCGGGUGUCCCGCGACGCAAGCCCCGGCGGUUGGAGGUUCGACUCGUUCUCGGAGAUUUGCGAGCGCUGCGUCGCGACGGAACACCCGGGCUGGCGCAGAGUCGUCAUCUUCUGCGACAACGCCGGCGCGGACGUCAUGGGGAUGGUCGUGUUGGCGAGGGCGCUCGCGGCGAUCGGCGGGGAGGACACCAAGGUGGCGCUGGUGGCCAACACCCACGCGGCGCUCAACGACGUGACGCACGCCGAGCUGCGCGGUUUCCUCUCGACCGUGGCGGGCUGGGGCGAGUCGUCGACCGGUGACCGGGCGGGGGGACCGUCGGAUCCCGUCCUGGCGGCGCAGAUGGAGCGCGGGCGCGUCACCGCGGUGCCCAGCGGGCAGUUCAGCACCCUGCUGGACCUGAACCGCACGGGCCCGGAGCUGAACGCCUGGGUGGAGGAGGAGCUGAAGAGCGUCCCGGCGGGUGGGGAGUGGCUGGUGGUGUUCGACGGGAUGGGCCGAGGGCUCGAGUCCAACUGGAACCCGGCGCCGUACUUUAAGGACGGGGUGAACGCGCUCAACCUUGCGAUGGUGAAGAGCGAGAUCAACGCCAAGCGACUGGGCGCCGAGGUGUACGACUGCGUGGUGAAGCUGUCCGUGGGGGGCUCGAAGUGA